UAAGAUGCCGUGUAUCGGCUCCGGUCCAUAAUACGUGUUUUGUUGGAAUUCAAAACACUUGCAUUAUUACCAGUGGCCAGGCUAGACUCACGAACGACACGGAAGUAAGCCUAGCCAAAAAGUUGAAGAAGAAGAAGAACGCUGUCAGCGUCCAAGUAGAAAUGUACCCUACUUAUAUUUUGAAAAGCUGACUAGACUUCCGAGAGAGAAGUCUGCCUGUGGUAAGCUGUCUUUGUUUCGUACAGUCCACCAAAAAAAUUAGCUGGCAGCAACCGACAACUAACCUCGAAUAUAGAGGUGGUUUUUAAGUGUUGCACGGGCCGCCUGAUCAACUGAGUCAGUAUUAAACAGAGGUUGUUAUGGUCAGAUCGCUUCAAAGCGCGUAUAGACCAGAGGACCGGAGCUCAGCUCAAAUCAUAAAGAAAAUAAAGAAGAGUUCAGGGUCUCUUUCUCUGUCCUGAAACUCGAACUUAAGAGUUCUGAACAAUCAAAUGACGCAGUUAAAAGUAAUCUUUUUUGUUGUAUUACCCACUACCAUAAAGUAUCUACCGUGGACUGUUGCACAGCCUUAACGGUGAACAACUGAUUCAAUUGAUUGUGAUUGUGAUUAAUAAUACUCAGGACUAUAAAAUUUUUAAAAGUGAUUUAUCAAAUGAUUCUGUGCUAAGUUUCGAAAGUAUUUGAUAAUGGAAAUUUCGAAUCCAACACCGGAAGAUCUUCAAAGAAAACUGUAUUUUCUGGUUGAACAACUGCAACACAUGGCUGGAGAAUUACCACCAAAGUAUCAAAUGAGAUUGCCAUACGAAUUGCUUUCAGGCCUUGCGAAUUCGCUUUUAAAUGACACAAUUUUUCAAAUCGUCAAAGGAUUGAUGGAAAUUCAGCAUGUGACAGAAAAGCAUCUUUUCCAACAAAGAUUGCAGUUGAUAAAUCAGCAAAAAAUCGAAGUCCAAGAAGCUCUCUCUGCAUUCGGUACUGACGAGGAAAAAGCCAUGACAACAUUAAUCCUCCAAGAUAAACACAAGAGUCAACUAAAACAGACAGACAUGAAACUAGUUCUUCAACUUGAUCAAAAAGUCUCGGAUCAACAAAGCAUCCUUGAAAAAGCUGGAGUUCCUGGGUUUUAUGUUACCAACAACCCUAUGGAAAUUCAAGUACAAAUGCGACUCUGUGAUUUUAUUAUUCGGUUAAGCAAAAUGGAAAUACCUAGUUGACCUUUGGAAUAAUCUGAAGUAAAAUGCAACUUUUGGAAAUGAAUUGUGAAUGAUCUUUUUUGGAUUUUGAUUUAUAAAUUCAUCCAUCAAAGUGUGAUUUCUAUGAUCUUGAAUGAAUGAUUUAAGCUCAAGGGAAGCUUAAGUAAAUGAUAUUUGACUUUUCUCUCAUAAAAAGUAUCGUGAUUUCUAAAUUCUUUUUUCAAUACAGUUUUUCAAUUUUGCAGUUCAAAACAAUUUUUUAAUCAGGGAAAGGAAAUUCUGGAGUUGGAUUCAUAGAGUUUGUGGGCAAACAAUGUUAAAAUAAACAGAAGGAAGCAGUAAGAAUACUUAAUAAUUGCAUAAUUAAAAGUAUCAACUUUACUUUUCCAAAGAUAUCAAAGAGCAUAUUUUUUUAACUCAUCCCUAUUGUAAAAUUUGGUGACAAUUUAAUUCCAUUUCUUUCAAUUUUCUUAUUUUUGUAAUAUUAACAUUUUUUUUGGUUCCUUUUUAUUUUUGAAAAUUCGUGAGAACCUCAUCACCCUUCAACAGUGUAAACUUUAAUACAGACGAAAAUCGAUAUCGUUUCUAUUAUAACGAUAUCAAAUGAAUUACGAAUAGAAAUGAAAAUACGCAAACAAUUUGUUACAUCUACAUAUUUACACUCUUUAUAAGCUUCCCACUGUGCAUCUUGCGAUUAGAACAUGUAUGCUGAAUCGAUAAAACGUUUAAUGGCUGCUAUUUCUUGUUGAUGUAUUAUAAAUAUAAACCAUUGUGCACAGAGAUAAA